CGAUAAAAACUCAAAGAAGAAAAGCAACAACAGCUUGUCAGCCAUCUCGGUAGCUUGCUAGCCAACAUAGCGGAAACGUUCAAGCUCUAUAGACGCUUUUUGAUAUAUGAGCCACUGUGUUUUGAACACAUUUCUGUCGUUUAGCUAAUUAUCCUAUUUAAUUUCCUAUUUACGUUCAGCUAGCUAGCUUGUUAAGUUAGCAUUAGCCUAGCUAGCUGUCUCGUUAAGUUAGCAUUAGCCUAGCUAGCUAGCUGUCUCGUUAAGUUAGCAUUAGCCUAGCUAGCUAGCUGUUAGCUAACAUCCCCGACCAUGAGUUCACCAAGCUACUCGCCUCCUGUUGAAGAAGAGGAGGUCUGCUGGACGGAGAAAGAGGGUCUGUGGCUGAACGUUGUCGUGAAAGAGGAGAAGGAAGAAGAGGAUGUGACAGUAAAACAAGAAGUAGAGGGUGAGGCUGUUACAGUGAAAGAAGAAGAGAAAGACGUUUCAGUGAAAGAAGAGGAAGACGCGUUCAGAGUGAAAGAGGAGGAAGAUGUUACUGUGAAAGAAGAGGAGAAAGAGGAGGAUGCCGUUUUUGGAGUGAAGAAGGAAGGAGAGAUUACUAUCACAUUGAAAGACGAGGACACAGGCGAUCUGAUUAACACCAGAGAGAUACGGGACUAUGGUGGAUCCUCUGGGGAGCCUCAACAACCUCAUGAUGCUGAAGAGGCAGAGAAGAGUCCCGCCACAUCAGAACAACUCCAGAAACACCAGCGGAGACCCACAGGAAAGACACCUCACUGCUGCGCUGACUGUGGGAAGAGUUACUCAAGAUCAGAUUCACUAAAACUACACCAGAGAAUUCACACAGAUGAUAAAUCUCACUGCUGCUCUGAUUGUGGGAAGAGACUUACCUCUUCGGCAGACCUUAUAAGACACCAGAGAAUCCAUACAGGAGAGAAACCUUAUAGCUGUGAUCAGUGUGGGAAGAGUUUUAAUGUUCCAAGCAGCCUGAAAACACACCAGAGAACACACACAGGAGAGAAACCUUAUAGCUGUACUCAAUGUGGGAAGAGUUUUUCUUCGUCAAGUCGUCUGACUAUACACCAGAGAAUACACACAGGAGAGAAUCCUUAUAUCUGUGAUCAAUGUGGGAUGAAUUUUACUACAUCUAGCCAACUGACUUUGCACCAGAGAACACACACAGGAGAUAAGCCUUAUAGCUGUAAUCAAUGUGGGAAGAGUUUUGCUCACUCACGCAGCAUGACAGCACACCUGAGAAUACACACUGGCGAGAAACCCCACUGUUGCUCUGACUGUGAGAAGAGAUUCACCUCUUCAGCAGACCUUAAAAUACAUCAGAGAAUACAUACAGGAGAGAAACCUUAUAGCUGCUCUGACUGUGGGAAGAGCUUUUCAAAAUCAUCUACAUUACAAUCACACCAGAGAAUUCACACCGGAGAGAAACCUUAUAGCUGCUCUGACUGUGGGAAGAGCUUUUCAAAAUCAUCUACAUUACAAUCACACCAGAGAAUUCACACUGGAGAGAAACCUUAUAGCUGUUAUCAAUGUGGGAAGAGUUUUACUGAAUCUAGACGGCUAACUACACACCAGAGAACACACACCGGAGUGAAACCUUACCACUGCUCGGACUGUGGAAAGAGAUUUAUUUCGUCAGGACAUUUAAAAUCACAUCAGAGAACACACACAGGAGAGAAGCCUUAUAGCUGUGAUCAAUGUGGGAAGAGCUUUACUCACUCAAGCAGCCUGACUAUACACCAGAGAACACACACAGGAGAGAAACCUUAUAGCUGUGAUCAAUGUGGGAAGAGUUUUGUUACAUCUAGCCAGCUGACUAUACACCAGAGAACACACACAGGAGAGAAAUCUCAUAGCUGUGAUCAAUGUGGGAAGUGUUUUGUUACAUCUAGCCGCUUGACUAUACACCAGAGAACACACACAGGAGAGAAACCGUAUAGCUGUACUCAAUGUGGGAAGAGUUUUGUUACAUCUAGCAGUCUGACUAUACACCAGAGAACACACACUGGAGAGAAACCUUAUAGCUGUGCUCAAUGUGGGAAGUGUUUUACUACAUCUAGCCAUCUGUCUAUGCACCAGAGAACACACACUGGAGAGAAUCCUCAUAGUUGAAAUCAAUGUGGGAAGAAUUUUACUCUGAUAUCACACCAGAGAACACACACAAGAGAGAAUCCUUGCUGUGAUCAAUGUGUGAAGAGAUACUCUGAUAAAAUAUCUCUGAUUAAACAUCAGAAAAUACAUGAAGGAGUUGUUUCAUGAUAUCAAUGAAUUAAUGUCACAAUGUAGAAUGUUUUAACAUUGUAGUAGGAGUAUUUUAAUGAUGUCACAAUGUAGAAUGUUUUAACAUUGUAGUAGGAGUAUUUUAAUGAUGUCACAAUGUAGAAUGUUUUAACAUUCUAGAAGGAGUGUUUUAAUGAUGUCACAAUGUAGAAUGUUGUCGUAGGUGUAUUUUAAUGAAUCAUGUCACAAUGUAAAAUAUAUAUAUUGAGUGAGAGAUCCUUCCUUGAUACCCGUGUGCUCCUUCACUCCGGGUCUUUGUCCACUACUAAGUACACAAAACCUACAGACAAGAGCAGUAUCCUACACGCUUCUAGUGCACAUCCCACAUUUCUGAAGAAGGGAUUUCUGUUCACACCAUUUCUGAGACUGAAGCUGUUGUGUGUCCCCCCCCCCCCCCCCC